GAUUCGUGGUCAAAAAAACAUCGAUACUACAUUUUACGUGCUUUAUAGAACAAAAGCUAAAACAUACUGCAGGUUAUCGCGCUCAAACAGCGGCCUCCCAAUCGUGAAACUGAUAACCCUUGCGGUAGCCAGGGUUUCGGUGGAUGACAACCAUGAUAGCCGGAUUGGCGGUGUAGGAUCCGUUUUGCCUGGGUGCGUAACGAUGCACUGCAGAAAACAUCUGACAGCAGCGUAAGAAGGCCACGGUGCCACUCACGCAACCUUUUUGCCGGCUUUAAGUGUAGUCUGACCUUCUGUGGCUGUGCGAUCUUGGUGGAUAUAGUAACGACGUGUUUAAGUGUGUGUAUGUAAACGCGCCAAGAGAGAAAAAAAAUUUCUCACAACCGAUAUAGAGCGAUGGCUAGAGCACUGAGAGGGUUUGUCUCGCUCGCACCUAUGUUCAACGUGCGACGCCUGUCAACAGUUGCACGAGUUGGGAGAUCUCUGCCGGCACAACUGCCAAAGCAUUGUUCUCCAGUUACAUCCGAUACCGGUUUACGGUUGCACGAGUCUUUUGGGGCUAAAGUGAAUAACGAUCAGGCCAGGUUCAGUUCGUCGUUGCCAAAAUCUGCUUCUAAGAUGGCUGGAAAUGCAAAGCUCUUGCAUGAGAACCUGUGGGAUCAGGAUAAGGAGCUUAUGGAUUUGAUACGAAAGGAGAAGAAGCGCCAGACCAGGGGCCUUGAAAUGAUUGCCAGCGAAAACUUCACGUCUCUGUCAGUAUUGCAGUGCCUAAGCUCUUGCUUGCAUAAUAAAUACUCGGAAGGAUUACCCGGUCAAAGAUACUACGGAGGUAACGAGUUUAUUGACGAGAUCGAACUAUUGGCUCAAAAACGUGCGUUAGAAGCAUAUCGUUUAAACCCCGAGGAGUGGGGUUGCAACGUUCAACCCUAUUCUGGAUCACCAGCAAAUUUCGCAGUCUACACUGCGUUGAUUGAACCGCACGGUCGCAUAAUGGGCCUAGAUCUCCCGGAUGGUGGACAUCUAACGCACGGCUUCAUGACGCAGACGAAGAAAAUUUCGGCCACGUCCAUCUUUUUCGAAAGCAUGCCAUAUAAAGUCGAUCCCGUAACGGGGUUGAUCGAUUACGAUAAAAUGGAGGAAACGGCACGUUUGUUCAAACCGAAGGUGAUCAUUGCCGGCAUAUCGUGUUAUUCACGCUGCUUGGACUACAAACGAUUCCGUGAAAUUGCUAACCAAAAUGGAGCGUAUCUAUUCGCUGACAUGGCACACAUAUCUGGGCUGGUAGCCGCUGGUAUCAUACCAUCCCCCUUCGACUAUGCGGAUGUGGUCAGCACAACGACACACAAGACGUUGCGUGGACCGCGUGCAGGUGUCAUUUUCUUCCGGAAGGGCGUACGCACUGUGAAAGCAAACGGGGAGAAGGUGAUGUACGACUUGGAGUCGCGCGUUAAUCAGGCCGUAUUCCCAGGACUGCAAGGUGGUCCGCACAAUCACGCCAUCGCUGGUAUUGCGACCUGUAUGCUGCAGGCACAGACUCCGGAGUUUCGUGCCUACCAGGAGCAAGUAAUCAAAAAUGCACGUGCGCUUUGUGCCGGUUUGCUCGAGAAAGGGUAUUCCGUGGCGACGGGUGGUACUGAUGUGCAUCUUGUGCUGGUAGAUCUUCGCCCGGCCAGUAUUACAGGUGCCCGCGCGGAAUACAUUCUGGAGGAAAUUUCCAUCGCAUGCAACAAAAAUACCGUUCCUGGUGACAAAUCCGCACUAAAUCCAUCUGGAAUUCGACUGGGUACACCUGCUCUUACAACUCGUGGCCUGCUCGAGAAAGACAUGCAGCAAGUAGUAGAGUUUAUUGAUCGUGGUUUACGCCUGUCGAAGGAUAUUGCCAACGUUUCAGGGCCGAAACUCGUCGACUUCAAGCGUGUCAUUCACGAAGACACCACACUUAGCGCCAAGGUGCAAAGUUUGCGCAAGGAAGUUGAGCUGUACAGUGAGCAAUUCCCUCUGCCUGGCUAUGAGGAUUUCUAAACAACAAAUAAAGUAGAUUUAUAAUUUACGAACUAUAAACGUAUUUCAAAGUUGUAGAAUUUCCUGUCACAAGAAGUACACAAAGAUAAUUGAUAUAUCUUAUUGAAAUAUUUUUAUAUGUACGUUUUUAUUUAAUGUCUUGCGGGGAGGUGCGAUAAGUACAGUCUUUUCCCGAGUUACGCAACAUUCGAAUUACGCGAAUCUCAAAAUUUUGGUAAGUCGUGUAAUUUCAAAU